GUAAAUGUCAAAUUACCUAACCUAAAUCAAAACAUCCACCAAAUAUAAACAUUUCAAGUUCAGUUGCCUACCAAUGGCAUGGUAAGAGGUUAGUUUUAUAGAUAAAUAUGUUCAAUUUUUUUGUAUAAAUUCAGUAAAUGUUAUGAGGACAUAAUCUAUUAUUUGUCAAGAAUUAUCAAUAAGUAGGCCCUAAUUACAAUAAUUUUCCAAGCAAUUUUGAGAGCUAGGCCUAGUCCCUCCCUUUCUAGCUUCUUGCCUGAGGCAAUUUGGAUCUCAAUCAUCACGAAUAUGCUUCUGUUUUUGUCACAAAAACAACUCAUGCUUCAAGAGAACAAAAUUCAAUUAAAUACAUGUAUGAAUGUUAAGCUAGUAGCUUCGAUUAGGCUGUUUAAUGGUCCCUCAAAUCAAUGAGAGAUGGAAUAACGUAAAGUUUGCAUACCAUGUGUAGUUGAAGACUGGUCCAUCCUUUAAUUUCAAACAUGUAUAAAAUUAUAACUUUGAUCUUUUUGAUUUUUACUCUAACAAAAUGUUCAGACAAUUCUCCUAAGGCAAAGAUUAGAAGAUAUAUUCUGUACGAUGUCAAUCCUGGUGAAGGUUUUAACUUGAGGCGGGAUGUCUACAUGAGGAUGGCAAUCUUUAUUCAUAAUCUAUCCAACAAAUCUGAAUUUGAUUGGCAUCUUGUUCUCCCCCCUUGGAAUAAACUUUGGCAUUGGAGAAAUGAUUUACAUGCAUCUUAUCAAUGGAACAUUUUUUUUGAUAUCCCAAGUCUUCAGCUAUUUGCACCAGUAAUUGAACUCGAAGAUUUUAUUUCUGAUUACAGUAAAGAAAUAGACGAAGCCUAUGUAUUACAGCACUUUCCUGAUUUCUACUCGUGGACAGAGGGCAAAGAGAUUGAUUGGUCAGAGAGGUGGAAUUAUUCAGAGUGUAGAAACAGUCACAGAAAUGAAAGUGAUGAAACAUUCUUCUUUUUUGACGGGCGAAUUACGACAAAGCAUUUCAGAUGCAUAUCUUUUCAUGGUACGUCAGGGUUUCUACAAUCAGUUGUUUCAUCCACCAACGCCAGGGCUGUGAUGUUUGAUAGGGCAGAAAUAGUGACACAUAUGCUGUACGGGGACAGUGACUACUGGACGUGCAGGCGAAGUAUGCGAUUCGCCAAACGACUGGUUGAAGUUGCUAGUAAUUAUCGAGCUGCUCACUUAAACUCAAGUGAUGUUAACGAUGGAACAAUAAGGCCUGUUGACUUUCGAGAUGAAACUCCUCAAAGAUCAGCGAAAGGAGGACCUUACCUCAGUGUACAUCUGCGAAGACAGGAAUUUAAGGUAGGCCAUCCCGACGCGGUCCCAACAAUCCAUGAGACAGUUCAACAAAUAAAGAAACAUUUGAAUGAUUUAGGUUUAAACACUGUAUUUGUAGCUACUGAUGCAACAGAACAGGAAUAUAUUAGAAUCAAAAGCAUGUUGCACGCAGAUAAUCUAUUCGCCAUCAGGUUUUUAGACACAAUUCCUAAUAAUAAAACAUUUAAAGAUGCGGAAUUGGCUAUUAUCGACCAGAUUAUUGCAUCACAUGCAAAAUAUUUUGUUGGUACUUAUGAAUCAACGUUUACAUAUCGCAUCCAAGAAGAACGAGAGGUAUUAGGCUUUCUUCCGGAAACAACAUUCAACCGUUUCUGUUCAACAUCCAUUAAGGAGAAUUGUGUUAAUCCUACUAAAUGGUUGAUAGAAUUUCCAGAAGAUGAAUCUCGACAUAGCUCUCAUACGAUCAACUAUCGUAAGUCUGAUGAACUCUGAAACCAAGAUUUGGAGUGUCUUGAACGCUCAAGUGUACAUAGAAAUCUAAAGAAUAAAGUGCCAUAUGAGAUAAGCUUUAAACCAUUUGUAAAAACAAAAAGUAUAUUCCUAAGAUUGAGCUUAUGUUUUCCUGUUUGGAAUCAAUCACCGUUAAUUUUUUAAUGUAGCAGAAUCUCAAAGAGUUUUAGUUUAUGUUUAGUUUAGUGGUGCAGAGGUAAAAGUAUACUAGCUACAGUAGACUCCCUCUUUUCCGGACUACACUCGAUGGAAAUGACAUCUCUUUAACCGGACAAUUUUUAUCAGCACAUUGGUUUAACCGGACUAGAUCGGCAGGAAGUGGCCGGUACUGAAACGACUGUUCUCGUGGGAAAGAUUUGAGAACAGUAAUCACAUGUCUAAAUACAAUGCUCUCCUAAAUUUAAGUCGAAUAUCACCGUAAACGGUCCGUUUUAAUGAGUUUUUGGGGACGUCGGCUUAACGGGAAAACCCGUUAUCCGGACUGGCCUCGGUCCCUAGGAGUUCGGAUAAGAGGGAGUCUACUGUAUCUAAACAAGACCUAAUCUUUAGAUUGAAUUUUGCAUACACUUUUAGGGAUUUAGUAUGCCAUGUAGGCCAAUUAUUUGAUUUUAUAAAGAAAUACUGAUUGAUUCCCAAACUCUCAACUGACUUUUUGAACUACGGUACGUAUAAGUACGUGAUAAGUAAAAAAGAUCAGGUCCUGUAGUUUAAAAAGUUUUCUUUCUGAUUCUGAUAUUAUAUAUUCUUACAUACAUUUUUUUACUAUUAUACAACAUAAUCAAUUAAUACUUGGUUAAUUUAUCUCCAUUACAUGUUAUUGUUAUCUUGUUUUUUCUUUUCACAAUGACGAUUUGGAUUUUGGUAUUUUAAUAUGUGCGGCAGUAAUAUAAAAAUAAAAUGGAAUGUUAAGCUGUGUUGUUCCACAGUAUCGAAAUUGUGUAUCGUUACAUGUUUUUAUCAUGACAAUAAUUAAUAGGUAACGCAUUUUAAAAACUAAUAUUUAUUUUUAUUUAUUUGGCUUGUAGUGUCUAUUUACCCAAGUAGAUUUACAAUAUAUGUACUUACUU